GGUACAUGCAACGAGGACAGUCUGAAGAAGAUGCAGCUGAUGGAACUGGCCAUUCUCAACGGCACCUACAGAGACGCCAAUAUCAAAUCACCUGCCCUUGCAUUCUCUCUUGCAGCGAGUGCCCAGGCUCCACGGAUCAUCACCGGCCCAGCGCCUGUCCUGCCGCCCACCGCCUUGCGCACGCCUACGCCUGCAGGGCCCACCAUCAUGCCCCUCAUCCGCCAGAUCCAGACCGUCAUGCCCAAUGGCUCGGCCCACCCGGCAGCUGCCACCCUAGUGCCGCCCGGUCCAGAGUCGGGCCUGAUUUACGCGACGCCCUAUGAGUACCCCUACACACUGGCCCCCGCCACCUCCAUCCUGGAGUACCCUAUCGACUCCAGCGGGGUUUUAGGUGCGGUGACAACUAAAGUUCGAAGGCACGAAAUGCGCGUCCAUCCUUACCAAAGGGUAGUGACCGCAGACAGAGCCACCACUGGCAACUAACCCCUGACCUUCUGACCUCUCCACCCAAUGAUGACCUGCCCAUUACCUGCCUGCAGAUCACACCUCUGCCCUAAAACGAUUGAAUGAAAGACAAAAAAGAGUAUCUAAGAGCUGUCGCAGGCAGUGGAUAUACAGCUUCCCUAGACCUCACUCGUUGGACGCGGGCGGCAGACGCCCGGACGUUCCUGCCGCUGUAGAUCUGCACUCUUUGUAAGCAAUAAGCAAUAAUGAUUCGCCCCGCGCCCUCUAAAUCAAAGCCAGACCCUCCCAGUUUGCUGUGCAAAAGCCUCCAGCUCAACGAGGAAACGGACCGCCCUUCAUCGCACCCCAAUCGUCGCGAGAGUAACCCUGCAGUCACGGUAAUGAGUCUGAAUGUAACGCAUGACGGCGCGGAUGACGUACCUCUUGCGUGAACUACGACCGCGGCUCGUCACCCGAAAAGCAUUUCAGCUGAAAAUACUAGGAAGAGAAGAGUAUCUCCCUUUCCGGAACGAUCCGACACUUUUCAGUGAACACGCCUCUCUGAGGAUGUAUAAGCCAUGCUUGCCUAUCUGCUGUACAAAUGUAUGAAACCUGUAGAUAAAUGUUCGAAGAGUGACGAAAGAAAACUUGUACAGGAACAAACGCUUUUGUUAUCCUCCAGAGAACGUAUAUUUUUACAAGCCGCUAUUUUGUAUCGUCGAAUAUCGUGAAGAGAACGAAGAAGAAGAAAAAAACACACAUACACACACAAUACCGAACCCUUUAUGAAGUGAAAACAAUCCAGUUUUCUGUAAUUGGAUGUAGACGUGGAUGACCAAAACAACCCUUUCGUUGAACCGAGUUGAUAGGGAAAUAUCGUUCAAGUGCCUUUGUCUUAUCACAGUUCUCAUGAAUGUCAUCAUGAGCGGCGAAUGAGCAGACUGGAGCGUUUCCCAGAAGCAUCGUAAGUCUGCGUAGAUCUGCACAGGCUUACGGUGGACUUGGGAGAUGUAGUCCGGGUCGGUACACACAGCUUUCCCUUCAGGAACCGCGUGAGUGACGUAUCACCAGCCUAAAUCUGCCUUCCUGUUUCGGCUGGAACAGCUCAAUGCUCCAUCCCGGUAUCAAAUCAAGGCCUUUCACACCAUACAAUUACUGUCAAACCGACUCGGGAGUCAAGGUCUAUUUGUCGUCUUCAUUGACUCGUCCUUCAGAAUUAUGGGUAUUUUGCUCACAGUACUUGAAUUAAUUUGCACUUUAGGUAGAUGUUUAGUGCAUUGUAACAGUAUGGUAGUACGGUAUUACAGAUCGCGUACAGGAUACACAGUGUUCGAUGCCAAAAAACAUUUCUUUUAAUCAGUAUUUUUGUCUUGUUUUACAGGAAAAAUAUCUGAAUAGCUUAGAAUAUAUGCAAAUAAAAAGGUUUUGUAUGAUGAAGAGUUUUCAUUCGCACUUUAGAAAAAAAGAGCGUCGUUCUCCGCAUGUAGCGUAUUCAGGUCAGGGGACUAGACUACGUUCACUUUGAAAAGACGCGCUAGCUGAAAGGUGAUCGAGGGCGGGUCAUUUCGGCAAACUUGAUGAACCUGUGAUAUCUUCUUCAGGGUGUAAAAAGGAAAAUAAAAGCUGAACUUUGCAAAAUUAUAAAAAUGUAGUUAUCUGAUUUUUUUUUUUUUUAUGGACUCAGCACCUCCCU